AAGCAGGCCUGGCUCACAGUUAUGAGGAACCAGCAAAAGUUGACAGCGUAAUCACAGUAUCCAAGGACUCCCGGUGGUAYACUUUACAGCGACAGAAACCAGGAGCUUCUAACGCGCGCUCAGCUGCGCAGUUCAAAUUCAAUGGCGGAGUAAGACCAACAUCUCGAAAUACAAAUCUUCCGAUUUCUUCAGCUCAAAGGUCAAAGUCGAUGCAGAAUAUAGCAUCUUUACAGCCUUCGUAUGACACAAUGAGUAAGAGACCGGUCAGUACUGCUGUCCCGUUCCCAAUUCCACAAGUUCCCCCUGAGAGAUAUUCCCGUUCCGUGUCACAGGAUGUGGGAUCCCUCUCAAGACGGAUGGAUGCCCAUAGCCAUUCRGAUCCAAACCUUGGUAUACAUAAAUUACAACGAUCAUUGUCAAUGAAUGACCCACGUGAUCAAACAGACUACAUCAUGGACUCGAGUGCUACAAAUUUCGGUAGUGCUGAUAUUGUUAGUCAGGAAGCUACUUUAGUAGCCACGCCUGUUAGUAUGACUGUGGAUCAGGAGUCUCAACCUAGUGUGGUAGUAACGCCUGUUCKUGAUACUAAUAACAGUGGAAAUCAAAUGAAUGAUGGAUUUACUAGAGAAAGGAAGCACAUUCUUGGAUCAAAAACCUCGGAACCUUUUAAUUUAUCGAAUGCUUUACAAAAGGCUGUUGAGGCUCGAAAUGAACGGAUGAAUGAACAAGGAGCGAACGCAAAUGCUUUGGAACUGAAUGAGAACAAUCGAAAAAGCAGCGCUCCAGCAGCUGUGGCGACUCGUAAACGAACAAACACUAACGAUAGGUUUCGAUCUGAUAUGUUGACACAAAUACACAGCACUGAACUGAGUGCGGUUGCAAAAGAGCCGUACUCUUCUCACCCCACUAUAUUAUCAUCGGAAAAUGACGAUUAUUCUUCUUUGAAUCGUUCUUAUAGUAACGAAUCAAUAACACUUCGACCUGGAUUUCUUAGGCAAAAAUCCUUGGAAAGGCCGAAAUCUGCUAUAGAAAUCAGGGAUCCAAAAACAAGUAAGCCACCUGUAUUACCCAAGCCUUCUGCACCACCGCCACCACCACCACCAGCAGCACCUAUACCACUGCCUCCAAAACCUGUUCUACCAACCAGACAGAUUAAAGGGAAGAAACCAGAUGUACCAUUAACUGCGGUACGACAAGGACUGGUCACUGUAGACGCACUACAGGCAAAGAAGGGGAAACUAAAGGCGGUGAAGAYGACCGUCUCGGAAACCCCCAAAAGCUCGAAAUCUAUUCAUGAUUUAGUUGGAAAAUUAGCAAGUCAUGGGGGAAAGCCAACGCCCAUGUUAAACCAGCAUUCUAAUAUGUUAGCCAAAGCAGUUGCUGCUCGGGCAGCAAGAUUAGCAAACGAAGCUCACGAAUCUGAACACUCAGAGUCACCGUCGUCAUGGGAAGAUGAAUCGCAAAGUCCAAAUAUCCCUUAUAAUACCAUUCUGCAGAAACAACGUCCUGUCACACCAAAGAAAACACCCCCACCCGUCCCCCCUAAGAAAAAAAGCCCUACACCAGGUCAUAGACCAAUGUUUGCUAAAUCUGAUAUGGAUAGCCCUACCAAACGAAAGCUCUACCCAACAUAUAUUAACGAGUUAAGUCCAGAAAGACUCUCGUCAUUUGCUACCGAAGAAGACCGUACAAUGAUGAUGUUUGAUGAUGUUCUUCGUAAAGAGGUUGAGAGCGAAAGCUGGAGUCUCAAUUCCUGGAAUAGCAGUGACUCAAGUACAGCAGCUGAUAUUAUUGUCCCUCCGUCAUUUCCUGGAAAUGGUUACGAUGAACGGAAAUCUAGUAUAGGGAACUCUACAAGGGCGUGGUAUGAAUAUAGUUCGGGGUCUCCUUCUGAAGAUAGCUUGAAUGCUAGUACUGAGAGAAUAUCUCAGGUGAGACCAAGCCUUUCACAGGAAUUGCAGACUACCGAAGUACCUAAAAAUUUCGAUAGCGAGAAGAUCGCUGAUGAGCGCCGGCGUCGAUUUUCUAACGGCGAUGAAAAUGCGACGUUAAAUGGUAAAAGUUAUUCACAAGUCAAAACAACCGCAAGUGAUAGCGAUAUUCAUUUCAAUUCUAUCGUACAAGCUUUUUCUCAACCGAAUUUAAGUUCAGAGGACACUGGGGUCGUGAAAUCRAAAGACUCUACUGACAGCCCUAGAAAAACGUCAUAUGUUGGAGAUACUGUAGAGGGGCAGAAACCCGAACAGUCUCAGAAAAGUGAUAUAAYUAAAACAGACAUUAAUAAAGUGGAUAUUUCACCAAUUACUACUAAUGUUUCGGAUGAAAAACCAGAAACAGAAUGCACGACAGAUAAUACCGAUGGCUUAGUAGAGCAGAUAUUCACGACAUCAACAGGUGUGCAGAUCAAGAUACGGUUGCAACCAAAAAGAAAUCCCUYAACAUCGCAACCCGAUGCGCAGUCCACUAACUCAGAUCCACCACCUCAGAUAACGAACACUAUUGAAACUUCAAACCAGGAUUACCCAAAUGACAUAUCAACCGAGUUCAUUCCACCUCCACCUCUUGACUUUCAUGGCGAAACAUUUGACGAAUUGUCUUCACCACCACUCCCACCACCGCCUGAAUUCUCUCCUAUGAACGACAGUACUGAAGUCUUCAGUCCCUUACCUGCUCCCCCUAUGGACUUCUGCGACAACGAUGCUGACCAUGGUUCAAUCGUUGAUGCACCUUCAGGAUUUGAUGAACCAGCCACAGGAUGCUCCUUUGAAGACAAACCAUUGCUAGAAUGGACCUGUGAUGAUGUUUGUGAUUGGUUAGAAUCUCUUAACUUAUCUCAGUACAAGGAGACCUUCAGAGAGAAUGACAUUCAAGGAGCUCAUCUUCCUGAGCUCACAAAAGUAGAACUACAGGAGCUGGGUAUAAAAAGUCUAGGACACAGGAUGACCAUGGAAAACUCUGUAGCUAGACUUUGCCAUCCACUCGAAUCAAACUGCUAGAAAUAGACCUAAACUAGUUUAAAAAUAGGGGCUGUAAAGCAUGACCUUUUAUCUUCAAAUACUUGGAGUUAUAAAACGUAGAUAAAGAAAGAGGAAGAGCUAUAUGUUCAUUUUAGUAAAUAACCACCAUGGCUGGGGCAAAACAUGUUGUGCCUAUACAGGGYAUUAUAGGCCAUUUACAUUUAAUAAGUUAUGUAAUCCAGUUGCAGUUGUGUGUCAAAAUGAAUACCGUUAUAGGUGUUAAUUAAGUSAGCAUAUAGUGAACAGGCAGAGUUUCAGUUUAUAAUGUUGACUAUCUAACAAGCACUUUUUACACAAUUUCUUAUAAGAUAUUGAAUUUUGUGUUAAUGCCAUUUCUCUACUGUCACAUGUUAUGAACUAAARCUUCGUCUUCUUGAUAAUAUUGGAGUGCUUUAUUCCUGCUGUUUGGUGCGUUAGUGUAAAUUGUUUAAUAYAAUGAUAUACGCUCAAUUGCAAAAUCAUCGUCGGGUUCAAAACAUAAGAGAGCUGAGACCGUAAAGUAUUCUGGGGAAUAAAAAUCCUCUGAGGUACUGAUUCGUUUUAGAUACACAGUCAAUAUGAAACGUAUUAAAGUAUCCCAUGCUUUUCUCUAAGUGCAACAGUUUAUGGAUAUUACAAGAGUUUUAUCACUAGAUACGUUUAAUUAACGUACUGUUUUGGUCUCGGCUUUUGUUACUUGUUUUCAAAACCUGACAAUGAUGUUACAAUUGAUUGUAUGUAUUUGCAACCUUUUGGUUGGAAGACCAAGUCCUUAUCCCUUUGAAUAAUGACCAGUUCAUCAAUGUUGUCCCAUUUCCAAUCAUUUGAGGAAAACCUUCUUUAGUGAAGUAUUUCCAUAUACUCAACAUGUCCCAUGCAAAAAAUGCCCUGAAUAUUUUUGAUCUCCCUUUUAUUAACUCUCUAGAAGUCUGUGUACAGGCUUUUCUCAAAAGGGGAACUUGCAUAAGUCGCUCUUUAAAGAAAGGAAUUAUUAAGAAGUAUUUUAUUUAUUUCUUAUAUGAAGGAGAGAAUAACAGGAUUUAGUGAAUAGAAAAUGCAACUCUAUUUUCUUAAUAUACUGAAAUGUUAAGGAUAGCCAUAUUAUAAGUGUCCUGUAGGUUUCAUUCUAGGAGCCUUCAUGGAAAUGAUACAUAUUUUACUCUUUCAUGUGCCAUAUAUUAAAUUAAAAAAGUUAUAUCUCGAAGGACGCAACAGAUUAUGAGUACAGGUUUUCAUAGUUUCCUUCCUUAUGUUAGAAGCAGAUAGACCCAAAAGGGAUUAUUAUAUUUAUACUAAUAUUUUUAAUACUUCAAAAAGGUCUUUUAACUAGAUAUAUAGAGAUUAUCACAUGUUAAGAGCUUGAUAUCGUUUUUAUUCACGAGUUUCCAUACGAUUAUGGAAGUAAGAGAGUCUGCGAACAAGUGAGUGAUAUCAUAUGGAAAACGAGUGAAUAAAAAAGAUAUCAAGCUCUUAACAUGUAAUACAUCAUUUGUUUAGAGUGCACGCACUAAACCCGCGAAACAAAUACUAACUAGUGCGUGCACAUUUAGGGUCGAUAAAAUGACAAAAUUUCCAGUUUACCGUGAAGUCAUAUCGUAUAACUUCACUGAUAUGGUUUUUAUUCAAGGCUUUUUCACACUGAUAUCGGCCCUAAAUGUGCAAUAAAAAAUUAUAUUUCAUUGUCUUCACGGAUCAACUUAAUUGUACCAGAUAGCAACAUUGUACAUAACAUAGAUAUACUAAUAUUUUUGUAUAUGACAAAAUUUGACACAUGUUUGUGUGAAAUAAAAUCUAGUGCAAAUGUUUA